UCGGGCCCAAAAACAGCAUCGCCACCCUUCGACGACCCUGACGCAGACCUGAUCAUCCGCACGUCAGAUGGGGUGGAUUUCCGUGUCUACAGGGUCAUCAUGAAGCAAGCAUCACCCGUCUUCCGCUCGCUAUUCACCCUCCCCCUAGACGAUCCAGCGAACGGCUCUGUCGUCGAAGUCACCGAGAAAAGCGGGGUGUGGGAUCAAAUACUGCGAAUUCUAUAUCCCAUCACGCAGAAGGCUGUACCCGCACCUAACGAUUUCCUGCCGCUUCUUGAGGCUGCCAGGAAGUUUGACAUGGCGAGCGUGACCGAAUACGUCGAACAGGUCAUGAUAACCCCAGUGGUCUUGGAGACGGAAGCAUUUCGGGUCUUCGCGCUUUCCUGUGUUUAUGUGCUGCCAGACGCUGCUCUCGCUGCUGCGCAAGCCAGCUUCCAGUCGUGGCCCGGUGACCAACCUCCGCCUCCAUGCAUUCCUGAAAUGCAUGGUAUGACCAUCACUCAAUAUAACCGGCUCUUACAGUACCGCUCGGACUGU